GAUGCCGUUUGGCUGCAUCGGACUGCGGGAUGAAAAGAACUACAACAGCCUCUCUGACAUCACCGACAAGUAUGAGAUUGGGCAGCUGCUACGGGCGAAGGAGUUCUGUGAGAUCUGUGUGGCCCGUGAACGGCAGACGGAAAGACUUUACAUCUGCAAGAAGUUUCUCAAAAAAGACGGGCGCAAAGUGCGAAGGGCAGCAAAGAACGAAAUUCUCAUCCUGAAGAUGGUGAGUCACCCCAACAUCUUGCAACUGAUUGACACAUUUGAGACAAGGAAGGAAUUCUACAUCAUCCAAGAACUGGCCACUGGUGGAGAUGUUUUCGACUGGAUCCUAGACCAGGGCUACUACACAGAAAAGGAUGCCAGCAAUGUGAUCCGGCAGGUGCUAGAGGCAUUAGCCUAUUUACAUAACCUGCACAUUGUUCACCGCAAUCUCAAGCUGGAGAAUCUCAUGUACUACAACCAGAACAACCGCUCCAAGGUAGUACUGCGGGAUUUUUACCUUUCACGCUUUGAGAAUGGUGCCAUUACAGAACCAUGUGGAACCCCUGAAUAUUUGGCUCCUGAAGUGGUUGCCCGGCAACGCUAUGGACGACCCGUUGACUGCUGGGCUGUGGGAGUUAUCAUGUUUAUUCUGCUGUCUGGGAAUCCUCCAUUCUAUGAUGACACAGAUGACGAGAACAGCGACAGUCACAACCGCCGCAUAUUCCGCAAAAUUCUGGCGGGGGACUAUGACUUUGACUCCCCUUACUGGGAUGAUAUCUCUCCUGCUGCCAAAAAAUUGGUGUCAAGGCUUAUGGAAGUUGAUCAGGAUCAGCGAAUCACAGCCCAGGAGGCACUGGGACACAUCUGGAUAUCUGGAAACAUCGCUUCUGAAAAGAACCUCAAGGAAGGAGUGUGUGCCCAGAUUGAAAAGAAUUUUGCCAAAGCCAAAUGGAGGAAAGCCAUUCGUGUUACUACUUUCAUGCAACGUCUCCGGUCUGCCGAUGUCAGCAGCCGCCUCCCUGUCACUUCCCGUUCCUCCAUGAGUGUUGCUCAUGAGGUCACCAUUGAAGCACCUAGACCAGCCGACCAUUUGGAGACUCUGUGCCCGCUGGAGGAGCAACAGAGCAAGACAGAAGGAGCUCCAGAGAAGAGGGAAUAA